AUGUCGGCAAACACUUUCUACGCAUACUUUUUUCUGCUGGCGCUGUGCAGCGUUUGCUCCACAACGAAGGCAUUCACGCUGAACCUCACCGAAAGCUGUGACGCCAACCAAAUCUACUUUUGCACUUUGACCAAUCUGAGCAGCACACUGCGCGAUCCAUUGCUCGUGGCGAAUGCUACUGCACCGCAGCUCAGCGAGCUGGUGCUGCGCGACUCGAUAAUUCCACGCGUACCACGCUCACUACUCGACCAAGCGCCCACAUUGCAUGGCUUCAUCAUGCACAACUGUGAACUGCAGCGACUCACCGUCUUCGAUUUUCCAACCGGACAUUCGUUACAGACUUUAGUACUUCAAGCGAAUCGCAUUUCGGAUGUGCCGGAAAGAGUCUUCGAGACGCUUUACACGCUACAAAAGCUCCUGCUCGGACGCAAUAUGAUACAUAUGGUGCAUAAGAAUGCUUUCGCCGGUUUGCGGCGUCUACGUUAUUUGGAUUUGCAACAAAACGAUAUAAGCGAGCUGCCCGCGUCACUGUUUGACGAGCUCGGCGCGUUGGAGCAUAUUGAUCUGAGUUCGAAUAACAUCCAGCGGAUCGAUGUCAACACUUUUGCACGAAAUUUGCAUCUUCAAACGGUGCUGCUGGGCGAUAACAGUUUCGCCACCUUUGAGUCAAAUUCUUUGGCACACUUGAUACAUCUGGAUCUGCUCGACAUUAGCAGCAGUAAUGUGAAGGUGCUGCGCUUACAGUCGGUCGACACGCUUUUGGUGCAGGGUGGUGCGCUGGAGGGCAUCGUUAUUUCGGGAAGUGCCGUGAAAGUGCAUGCCGCCAACAAUUUACUGACCAAGUUGGAAAUCGGAGAUAAACUCAGUGUGCGUGAACUGGAUCUACACGGUAAUCGACUGGAGUCGCUAGACUCUAUAAUGGGUAUGUUCAAUAUGCAACGUCUGGAUGUGGCACGCAAUCAGUUGCAAACAUUACGCACUUCAGAGUCACCACUGUAUCUGGCGCUACCGAAUUUAGUGCACUUGAGCUUGUCAACCAAUCAAUUGAAGAACCUAACACUGGAGACAUUUCUGCUACUACAAAAGCUAACACAUCUCGAUUUAUCUUUCAAUAAUCUGUUAAAUUUGGAUCAGCGGCUCUUUGAACCGCUCGUCAAUCUGGAGAAGUUCUACAUUGAAGGCAAUCGCUUGCACAGCUUCGAUUAUGAGAAAUUCGUUGAGUCGCAUGAGUACGUGAAGGAGUUCGGCAUUUUCGAUAAUGAGUGGGAAUACCGUUAUGUGCGCACAAUGGUUGACUACCUAAAAGAGCACAAUAUUCAGCUACCAGUGCGCUUUACUUCGAACAGCAAUGGCAACAGUGGGGGAAAUCACAUUGACACGACAUUGAACUCGCUUUCGGCAUCCGAUAAGGCGGCUCAUCAUCGUUACGCGUCCACUGCUAGUUCGUUAAAUGAUUUCGACACGCCCGAUGCUGAUAUGCCGGCAGCGUCGUCAGCGGCGGCAGCAAUGACUGAUAUCAGUGGUAUUCACCCGUACCUCACCACCCGCGAUGUGCUCACUUUGGUCAUAUUGUUGUUGGUGUUUUUGAUUUUGCUGCUACAGCUUCUCAGCUUUCUGCGUGAGGAGGAGUGUCUGCCCACUUGUUGCAAUAGACUCGCGCGAAAUGCGCGCACCAACAAUCGUCGACGCCUCGAGGAGGAAGAAGAGGACUCAGAAGUAUAGACCUAACUCAUGGGAUUCUAAGUGAUAUAAUAGAGUGAUAAAGUGUCAUACUUGAGUUAAUUUCUAUAAAAUACCAAGUCAAGAUUUGAAAAAUAAAUAGAUGCAUAUGUAUAUAA